UCCGCGUAGCUUUAGUUUUCUCUAGGUCCAAGAUGAGCGAGACACCCGGUAGCUGCCCCGAAGCGUUGUCCUCUGAUACCGAUUCGUUCCUGUUGCACGUCAAUCCUGCGCUGAUUGAAUCGGCACUAACACCCAUCCCAUCCGGGCUAAUUCAACCCAACGUAUGGCCGCUGAUGGAGCACAAGAUAAAGAAGGGCCAAAACACGGACCUUACCGUGCGCAUCGACCAGCAACGUUUCCCUUGCCAUCUGCUCCCGCUGCAGUGUUUUAGCGGGUUCUUUGAACAGGAAGUGACCCCCGGUAAGGAGUUGAUCGAACUGCCCGGUGAAAAGGUGUCCCCGGCUGCCUUUCGCAUCAUCUACGAAUGGAUACUGGAUCCGAGGCGACGUCUUGAGGCUGCCCACUUUACGGCCGUUCUGGUGGCGGCCGAAUUUCUUCAAAUUCCCGCUCUGGUCGAACGCUGCUGGCAGCAUCUGGACAGCCCGCGAGUGAUUGAAGACGUGGCGUUCUACGUGUUUCUGCAGAGCAUUCCAUUCCGGUGCACCGAGGUGCGGACCAUGAUGUUGCGGCGUGUCUGUCGCUUUUUCCUGGUCCUCGUCAGCACGCCCGAGUUCUGCGAGAUGACGCUGGACGAUCUGUCGGUGCUGUUGUCCUCCAACAUUAUCGGCGUGUUUGACGAAACGGACGUUCUGUUUGCCGUGUGUCUGUGGUUGCUGUACGAUUGGUUCGAGCGGUCAGAGCUGGUGGACGAAACGAUGCAACUGGUCCGGUUCGAGGCGAUGCGAGCCGCAGAUCUGGGGCGGCUGUGCAUUUUCCGCGAGUGUGCCGAACUGCAACCGAUAUUGCGCCAUCCGACCACGAAACAGUUGGUGGACAAAGCGUUGGCCUCGGUGUGUGCCCGCGAGUUGAGCAGCGAAGGGGAUGUCGCCGGAUCACAGCAGACGGAUUUGCGUAUCCGGUUGCAGGCGGAUUCACCGGAAACGAAGGCGUUCGCUGCGGGAGAACGGUGUUUUGAGGGGUUCAACGAGUUCAUGGCGCUCAUCCGCUCCGAUCCUACCGUUUGGCAAACGUUUCGGGUGGCCGGAGGCAAUACGGGGCCCCUGCCGGAAGUGUUCGCCGGUAUGGAAGGUGGACAUUGAAGCCGAUCGGAACUGUAUGAAGCUUGCGUAAAUUCUUGUCGUUAGUGUAGGCCAAAUUCAAGGUGCAAAGUAUGAGUACGGGACUAUCU